AUGACAGCAAUAGAAAUGAAACCCCUCUUGCCUCCCUCUUCCUCCCGGCCGGCAAAAACUUCAGACACCGCCUCUAUUUACACACCAUCAACAGGGCGGUCUUUCGCUCUUUGGCCGGGUAGAAGAAGAGCAGGGGGAUGGACGCCUGAUGCACAGGCAGUAACUUGUAAAACUAACAUGGUGACGUCCUUCGUGAGUGCCCUGCACUUCAACGAAUGGUCCUUCUUCUCUACUGUGCUGCCCUCGGUCAGGCGGAGGACAACGACAAGCGGCUGGACCACGCCGGCAGCGGUGAUGCAGGCUGCUUGCGGUUGCGGGCGUGCGCCGCCUCCAGCUCAGAGGUGA